AUGAAGAACAAGUUAUCUUCUUCAGAAAAUGUCCCAUCCAAAGCUCUCAAGGGAAAAGGCAAACCCUCAUCCCCCGAGUACAUUGACAUAAGCUCUGAUGAGAGUGACGACCCCGGGGAUGAAGCUUGCUAUUACUCAAAUUGGCAGCAUUCCAUUGAGCUGGAACGCCGACGCUUCGAUGGUGUUGCAGCCAUUCCCGAUGACGCCGCGGUAUGGAAGGAUAUAAAGAACUCGGCCAUCGCAUUGGUUGAGUUUUCGUCACGACCCGGAUCCUUCCAGGUUCAAUAUUGGGUCGACAAGGGCGUGCUGAGAAAAGUAGUCCCAGGUCUUGCCCUUGAGGAUGCGGGUUACAAGAAAAGUUCAGCUACAACGCUGUUAUUAGAUGGACAUGCGUUCAACUCGGGCAAGGCCGAGGAGAAUCGAAGAGAUCGGGCCGCUCCCUUUGGAGGGAACCAGCAGCGCGGGGAGCAGAGACUCCGCCUCGGGACAACCUUGCCAGCUUGUCUUCGCAACCAAGCUGCCAUCUCAUGUGACGAUUGCCCUCGUCAGGGCCGAUGCAAAGGUUGCAAAGUCUUUGUGACCGGACAAGACCGGAAUGCGGAGCAUAGGUGCCCUAUCAAUAACAAAGAUAUCAUGCUCUCCAAGACGACGUGUGACAGCUACGACUGGAUUCUUCACCCGCACGAUCCUUUGCACAACCCCGCCUUGCCUAAACAAGUUCGAGGUCUCGCCCUCGAGGAUGCGGGAUACGUGACGCGGACGAGAG